UAAUCAUCAAGCCAAUUGUUUUCUUGAAUUUAUAAAUAUAGGUGACAAAAAGAUUCAGUUUUUAGAAAAACCCUGAUCAAAGAUUAUAUUUUUAAUCCAUUUUGAUCAAUCUUACAUAAUGGGCAUUUGUUUUUCAAACACAAAAAUUGAUGGUUCCAAUAGCACCAACUCUUCAGAAACAUGCAGUGGUGCCACUACAGAAGAAAGCCAUCCAACUCCCAAACAGGAUAAAAAUGUAUAUAAUGUGAAAUUGUAUAAUAACAACAAGAAUACCAAAAGGAAACAAUAUCAGAAGAAGCAUCAUGGAAACUACAAAUAUAAUUAUGAUUAUAACAAUAACACAGAAAGUAAGGACACACCAAAGAGACAAAAGAAGAUGAUACCUUGUGGUAAAAGAACAGAUUUUGGGUACCGUAAAGAUUUCGAUAAAAUAUAUAGUAUCGGAAAGCUAUUGGGUCAUGGACAAUUUGGAUAUACUUAUGUUGCUGUUGAUAAAACAAAGGGAGACCGUGUUGCUGUCAAGAAAAUCGAUAAAGAUAAGAUGGUCCCUUCAAUUGCCGUGGAGGAUGUCAAACGAGAAGUUAAAAUCUUGCAAGCGUUAAAUGGUCAUGAGAAUGUGGUUAAGUUCUAUAGUGCGUUUGAAGAUGACUCCUUUGUAUAUAUAGUCAUGGAGUUGUGUGAAGGUGGUGAGUUGCUGGACCGGAUGACGUCAAAGAAAAAAGGUCGUUACACAGAGAAAGAUGCAGCAAUUGUUGUAAGGCAGAUGCUUAAAGUUGCUGCAGAAUGCCAUUUACAUGGUUUGGUACAUCGUGACUUGAAACCAGAGAAUUUUCUUUUUAAAUCACCGAAAGAGGAUUCACCCUUGAAGGCUACGGAUUUUGGUCUAUCAAACUUUAUAAAACCCGGAAAGAAGUUCACCGAUAUUGUUGGUAGUGCGUAUUAUGUUGCUCCUGAAGUAUUGAAACGAAGAUCAGGGCCGGAAUCAGAUGUUUGGAGCAUAGGUGUGAUCACAUACAUUCUUUUAUGUGGGCGUAGACCCUUUUGGGAUAAAACUGAAGAUGGCAUUUUUAGGGAGGUGUUAAGAAAUAAGCCUGAUUUUCGUCGCAAACCAUGGCCGACAAUUAGUGACAGUGCCAAAGAUUUUGUUAGAAAACUACUUAUCAAAAAUCCCCGUGCAAGACUCACCGCUGCACAGGCCCUGUCACAUCCAUGGGCUCGAGAAAAUGGAAAUGCUUCGAUGAUUCCUCUUGAUAUUUCAGUUUUAUCUAAUAUGCGUCAGUUUGUAAAAUACAAUCGUCUAAAGCAACUUGCUCUACGGGCCUUGGCUAGCACACUUGAUGAAGAAGAAAUUUCUAAUCUUAAAGAUCAAUUUCAUGCCAUGGAUGUGGAUAAAAGUGGUGCUAUUAGUCUUGAAGAAAUGCGACAGGCUCUUGCUAAGGACCUUCCAUGGAAGAUAAAAGAAUCGUGUGUUUUGGAGAUUUUGCAAGCAAUUGACAGUAACACGGAUGGGUUUAUAGAUUUCACAGAGUUUGUAGCCGCUACUCUUCACAUUCACCAAUUAGAGGAACAUAACAACGAAAAGUGGCAAAAACUAUCAAAAGCUGCUUUUGAGAAGUUUGACAUUGACAAAGAUGGAUACAUAACUCCAGAAGAACUCAAAACACAUACAGGGCUAAGAGGGUCUAUAUAUCCACUUUUAGAGGAAGUUGACAUGGAUAAAGAUGGAAAAAUUAGCCUUCCAGAAUUCUGCAGGCUUUUAAGAAGUGCAAGCAUGAAUUGAACAAGUAAUUACAAGCCAGAUUGCACAUAAACAUCCACAUACAAAAUGUAUAUUUGAACAGAAAAAUAUAUAAAAUGGAUCAUUGUCAUGAGUCGUAAAUGACUUAUGCAGCAGUCAGAGAGGAAAUUAUAAGAUGAAGGAAGUUCAUGAAACGACAUGCCAAGAUUGAGUAGAAUGCAUCGUUCUGAAGACAUGGUGAUGGUGUAUAUUCUUUUCAGAGUGAUUUUAUGGUUUCUUUUCAUUGAUUGAGGGACGUGUAAAUAUAUAUGUGUAUACCUAUAUUAUAGCACAAUGAGAAGCACUAAAGAGUCAAGCCUGAGGAUUCACAUUUCUCUCCAUGAUCAUGAUGUUACUAGCUUUUAUUCGUUCUUUCUUUCCGUUGGCCAAAAAGGGUUUGUUUGUUGGAAGUUCAACCAGAUCGAAUAAUACAGUUCAAAAUUUGCUUACAA